AUGACAGAGACGAGAAGGGUUCUGCUGGAGACAAUCGAGUACCCAACGAGAUAUGCACCAAUUUUCGCCCAAUGCCCCCUUCGGCUCUGGUCCGGCCUUCUUCUCUACGGAUACCCAGGAUGUGGCAAGACUCUUCUGGCGAGCGCUGUUGCCGGCGAGUGUGGCCUGAACUUUAUCUCCAUGAAGGGUCCCGAGGUUCUGAACAAAUAUAUCGGCGCCUCCGAAAAGUCCAUCCGGGACUUAUUCGAGCGUGCAGCGGCCUCGAGGCCCUGCGUGCUCUUCUUUGACGAGUUUGAUUCGAUUGCUCCGAAGCGAGGAAGCGACUCGACGGGCGUAACAGACCGGGUCGUGAACCAGCUUUUGACUCAGAUGGAUGGUGUGGAGGGUCUAUCUGGCGUUUAUGUCCUGGCUGCUACGUCCAGGCCUGAUUUCAUUGACCCUGCGCUUCUCCGUCCAGGUCGUCUGGAUAAGUCGCUCUUAUGCGAUCUGCCGCACCUCGAAGACAGGGUUGACAUUCUCAAGUGUCUUUGCCGCAAAAUGAAGGUCGCGGAAGAACUGGCGGCCGAACUUGACGAGAAACUAACGGAGGUGGCGGCCAGAACACAAGACUGUUCCGGAGCAGACUUGCAGGCCCUCAUCUCCAACGCACAGUUGGAAGCCAUCCAUGAGUACCUUGGAGACAAAGAUUCCAUCUCUCGCCCGGCGAUAAAGGCUAAUACAAUGGCUCGAGGCGUCGAGGCGACGCGGAGGACAAGCAUAGUUCAGUUUCGAUUCGGCGAGAGCGACAAACUGCUGGACUCGGAAUCUAGUUCAGGCACACGACAGAACCAACUCCGAAAAAUCGCCGAGUAUGAGGAGACCAUGGCGAGGCUGCGUUCUAGAAAAAAGUCAGCCCGAGCCGCUCGCCGUGGACUACAACCCCAAAACGAUAAGAAGUCGAUGGAGAAAGAGGACAACAAACCUGAAGUCCUGCUGGCGUGGAGGCAUCUGGAGAGAUCCCUUCAUCUGUCGCAGGCGAGUAUCAAAGCGGAUGAAAAACAGCGGCCGAGUUUAGUAUAUCACGAGUUUGUUAAUGGAAGGGCGACUGAGUUGAGAAAUGGCCAAGGGGGGACAGCUGUCGGGAGCCGAGGGUCGUUAAUGUAG